AUGCGAGCAGUUAAUGGUUGUGAUGAUUGGUCAGUGAUAAUUCAACUAGCAUUCCAAAGCAUUGGAAUAGUUUAUGGUGAUAUAGGUACAUCACCUUUAUAUGUGUACUCAAGCACAUUCACAAAUGGAAUAAAGCAUAACGAUGACAUCUUGGGGGUUCUUUCUUUGAUCUUCUAUACUAUCACUUUGAUUCCUUUGAUCAAGUAUGUCUUCAUUGUUUUACAAGCCAAUGACAAUGGUGACGGAGGGACAUUUGCAUUGUACUCGCUUAUUUGCCGAUAUGCAAAAGUGGGAUUAACUCCAAGUGAACAAGCUGAGGAUAGAGAUGUUUCAAAUUUCCAGCUUGAGUUGCCUAGUAAUAAACUGAAGAUGGCAUCAAAACUCAAGUCUAAGCUUGAGAAUUCCAAAUCCACAAAGUAUUUCCUUUCGUUCGCUACUAUGCUCGGUACUUCAAUGGUUAUUGGCGAUGGAGUCCUCACACCUUGCAUCUCAGUUCUGUCGGCUGUUGGAGGUAUCAAGGAUGCUACAUCUAACAUGAACCAAGAUAUGAUUGUUUGGAUGUCAGUAGGCAUUUUGAUAUGCCUUUUCAUGGUGCAAAGAUUUGGAACAGACAAAGUUGGGUAUAGUUUUGCUCCCAUAAUUUGUUUAUGGUUUGCACUCAUCUCUGGCAUUGGUCUCUACAAUUUUGUCAAAUUUGAUCCUUCAGUGGUCAAAGCCAUAAAUCCCAAAUACAUAGUCGAUUAUUUUCGUAGAAACAACAAGGACGCCUGGAUUUCUCUUGGUGGCAUUGUUCUAGCCAUUACAGGAACGGAGGCGUUGUUCGCGGACGUGGGGCACUUCACGGUAAAGUCCAUUCAAAUAAGCAUGUGCUCAAUAACGUACCCGGCUCUAAUAAUGGCCUACGCUGGACAAGCCUCGUUUCUUCGUAAGCACAAUGAUGUUGUGAGUGAUACUUUCUAUAAAUCUAUUCCGAAGCCACUGUAUUGGCCAAUGUUUGUGGUGGCCGUAUGUGCAGCCAUCAUAGCCAGUCAAGCCAUGAUUUCAGGGACUUUCUCCAUAAUCCAACAAUCACUUUCCUUGGGUUGUUUCCCACGUGUUAAGAUCGUUCAUACUUCCACUAAGUACGUUGGUCAAGUUUUUGUUCCUGAGGCCAACUAUCUCCUUAUGCUUGCUUGUGUUGCUGUUACUAUAAGUUUCAGAACCACUACCAAGAUUGGAAAUGCCUACGGGCCGGCUGUGAUGACACUCACAUCCUCCUUCCUUGUCCUAAUAAUGGUAAUGAUAUGGAAGACCAACAUUUUCUUGGUGAUCACAUACAUUGUGGUGAUUGGCUCAGUCGAAUUUCUUUACCUAAGCUCAGUCCUUUACAAGUUCAACCAAGGAGGAUAUCUUCCUCUGGCUUUCGCAGGGCUAUUAAUGGCUGUCAUGUUUGUUUGGAACGACGUGUAUAGAAGAAAAUACUAUUACGAACUCGACCACAAACUUUCCCCUGAAAAAGUCAAGGAAAUUACUAACGACACCAACUUUCAUCGAUUACCAGGACUUGCAAUGUUUUACUCAGAACUUGUUCAAGGAAUUCCUCCCAUUUUUAAGCACUAUGCAGAGAACGUCCCUGCAUUGCACUCUGUCCUCGUUUUUGUCUCAAUAAAAUCAUUACCAAUUAGUAAGGUUCCACAGGAAGAACGAUUCUUGUUUCGAAGAAUAGAGCCCAAGAAUCUCUUCGUGUUUCGAUGCGUUGCGAGGUACGGUUACACAGAUGUUCGUAAUGAACAGGGCCGUCUUAAACAUUGUGGGGGCCCUGUUUUAAUUAUAAAAAUUAGCUGA